CGCCCCUUCCCCUGCCCGCUAGCCGGCUACUCGUGCGCGGCGACGUUCGCGUCCAAGAACGAGUGGAAGCGGCACGUCAGCACGCAGCACGUGCGGCUGGGCUUCUGGCGCUGCGCGCUCUGCCCCAGCAGCGUCGACGGCGGCGCCACCGUCUCCUUCAACGACUUCAACCGCAAAGACCUCUUUGCCCAGCAUCUGCGCCGCAUGCACUUUGCGCCGGAGCAGCAGCAGCAUCAUAAACAUGAUCGAAAACCCUCGACUGCCUCCACCACCUCCACCACCUCUUCCUCUACUUCCUCCGACAACACAUCCACCACAUCAACAUCACAAACAACACCAACAACAACCAUAACCGAAACCACCAUGCCCGCCUUCCAGAAGACGUGCUACCGUCGCCUCCGCGAUCCUCCCCCAGCAAGCACCUGCCUCUUCUGCACGCGCAGCUUCGCGGGCCCCGGCUCCUGGGACGAGCGCAUGGAGCACGUAGGCCGGCACUUUGAG